ACGAGGAUUUGAAUUUAAAGCUUGUCUCAGCUCUAUAUUAUGCAUACACCCUCUUCUUCGUUAAGACUUCACUUUCGUACAUCCAGCUCCGAAACAACAUGGAUGGUAGACCAACAUUGAUCUGGCUGCUCAUUAUUUCCUUGCACAGCCCGGGAUGGGUUUCAGGUACCUUCCAUGGAAUCCAGUCUGGUCGGCGAGAGCUCACGGCAGGGAAAGGUUUCAUAAGCAUCGAUUGUGGAAUAGCUCCAGGCUCCAAUUACAUAGAUGAUAAGCUCCAGAUACCUUACAUUUCGGAUGAAGAAUUUAUAGAUACUGGAGUCAAUUAUAAAGUCUCCAAGGAUUACAGUGACGAGGAUGCAUUGAAACAGUUCAUGAAUGUUAGAAGCUUCCCGGAAGGUAACAAGAAUUGUUACACCCUACGACCAGAAGGAGGCAAAGGUAAUAAGUAUUUGAUCAGAGCUCGGUUCAUGUAUGGGAAUUAUGAUUCCAAUAAUCAUCUUCCGAAGUUCAAACUAUAUCUGGGUACUGAUGAAUGGGUCACAGUGAAUAUAGAAGAUGCAUCUGCUUAUAUCAGAGAAGAAAUCAUACAUGUCCCAACAACAGAUGACAUAUACGUUUGUCUAGUAAACAUUGGUGGUGGGACACCUUUCAUAUCCACAUUAGAGCUCAGACCGCUCAAUAAUUCCAUUUACGAUCAAUCCGAACAGGGGUCGCUACUACUCUUCAACAGGUGGGAUUUUUGCAAACCAGAGAAUGCGCUACACAGGCCGGAUGAUGUUUUCGACCACAUUUGGAACCUAUCGGCCUGGUCGAAUGAAUGGGAUACCCUCGAAGCAGCAUAUGAAAUUUCUUCCCUUAGUCACAGUGAGUAUAAACUUCCGAUGUCGGUCAUGAUGGAUGCUGUCAUACCCGUAGAUAUAAGUGAGCCCUGGAACUUCUCUCUGGAUCUUGAUGAUGAUCCUUCACAAAAUUUAUACAUAUACAUGCACUUUGCCGAGGUUCAGAAACUUCGAGAAGGGGAUAUUAGAGAAUUUACUGUCUCACUAAAUGAGGACGAUUCAUGGGGUGGUGGCGAGCCAGUGAUUCCCAACUACAUGGUUUCGAACACCUUACACCACCCAUCUGCGGUGAGUGGAAGUACCACAAACGAAUUGUCAUUUGCACUAAAAAAGACUAAUAGAUCCACGCUUCCACCCCUUAUCAAUGCAAUGGAAGUUUACAAAAUAAAAGAUUUUGCACAGUCAUCAACUAAACAAGGGGAUGUUCUCGCUGUCAAGAACAUCCGGUCAGCGUACCGACUGACAAGACACUGGCAAGGAGAUCCAUGUCUCCCCUUGGAUUUCCCAUGGGAUGGCCUGCAGUGCAGCUACAGCAGUGACUCCCCCACUAUAAUCUCACUGAACCUUUCAUCGAGCAACUUGACUGGGAAUAUCCAUCCUUCAUUUUCCCAGCUCAAAUCAUUAGCAAAUCUGGAUUUAUCAUACAACAACUUGACUGGAACGGUACCAGAAUUUUUUGCAGACUUGCCAUUGUUAAUGGUCCUUAAUUUGACGGGGAACCAGCUAACAGGUUCAGUUCCCCAAACUAUUAUGGAAAUGUUCAAGGAUAAGGAUAGAACACUGAGUCUUGGCGCAAAUCCAAAUCUUUGCCCGUCAGUCUCUUGCCAAGGAAAGGAGAAGAAGAAGAAGAACAGGUUCCUUGUUCCUGUUCUCAUAGCCAUUCUGACUGUAACUGUGAUCCUCGUCCUCAUAACUGCCCUUGCAAUGAUCAUCCGAAAGUUCAAAAGGAGAGAAACCAAAGCGACAACCAUAGAGACGGUCAGUGAACGCCCCAAAGAGGGGUCAUUGAAGUCAGGGAACUCUGAGUUCACUUUCUCUGACGUUGCAAGUAUCACCAAUAACUUUAGUCGUACCAUCGGUAGAGGAGAAUUCGGACAAGUUUAUCUAGGCACUUUGGCAGAUGGCACCCAGGUUGCGGUCAAGAUGCGUUCUGAAUCAUCAAUGCAAGGCCCCAAGGCAUUACGAGCCGAGGUGAAACUCUUGACGAGAGUUCAUCAUAAAAACUUGGUUCGUCUGAUUGGGUAUUGCAAUGACGGUACAAACAUCGCUCUCGUUUAUGAAUACAUGUCCAACGGAAACCUGCAACAGAAGUUAUCAGGGAGAGCAGCGGCAGAUGUUUUGAAUUGGAAACAGAGACUUCAAAUUGCAGUAGAUGCAGCACAUGGAUUGGAGUAUCUACACAAUGGCUGUAAGCCACCAAUAGUCCACAGAGACAUGAAAUCUUCCAACACUCUAUUAACUGAAACACUGGAAGCCAAGAUAGCUGAUUUUGGGAUGUCCAGAGAUCUUGAAAGUGGUGCUCUCUUAUCAACUGACCCAGUAGGCACACCUGGAUAUCUUGAUCCUGAAUACCAGUUGACGGGAAAUUUGAAUAAGAAGAGCGAUGUUUACAGCUUUGGGAUUGUUUUGUUGGAGCUUAUCACCGGUCAGCCUGCAAUAAAGAACCCUGGGAGCAUUCAUAUAGUUGGAUGGGUUAGUCCUAUGAUUGAAAGAGGGGAUAUUCAAAGCAUUGUUGAUCCAAGGUUACAAGGAGAUUUCCACACCAAUUCUGCCUGGAAAGCCCUAGAGAUAGCCUUAGCAUGUGUAGCAUUAACAGGAAUGCAAAGGCCAGAUAUGAGUCAUGUAUUGGCAGACUUGAAGGAAUGUUUGGAGAUAGAGAUGGCUUCCAGGAGAACUCAAAGUGUUAGCCACAGCAUCGGAUCAGGCAAUUUCCUGGAAGAUAGUCCCUUGACUCUUGGCACUCAAUCGGCUCCCCGUGCUACGUAGUUGUGGGAAGCUCCAUUAUAAUGUGAUAAAUUUGCUUAAUGUUAGCAUGUGGGAAUAUGGAUUAUGGUGCACUUCUCUAUAUUUUGAAUUGUGUUCAUGAAAAAUUCUAUAUUGGGUAAUUGUACCAACUUUCUCUCAGACUUUGAUAUUUGAAAAUCAAAACUUUGUAGGAUUUCACUGGUCA